AUGGGUUUCACCUCGUACUCCGGCCCCUCUGGGAAUUUCCCACCUCAAUCGCAAUGGAAGUCUUUUGAGGAGAUCUUCAACAUCAACAAGCCCGAGAUGCUCAGGACUGGCAACACGGGCGAGGACGUCGGCCGCAUAUGGAAUGCAGUUCUUGAAUGUGCCAAGAUUGGUGUGGAAGAACGCGUUAUCUUCUGUAUCAUCAUGCAGGAAAGUACCGGCAACGUCGGCGUACGCACCACCACCAACGCCGAUGGACACUUUACCGCCGGCUUGAUGCAGUGCGAUGGCUCGCCAGGUUUCCCGGGACAACACGGAUUGAGCCAGGAACAAAUCACAUCCAUGGUCCGAGCUGGAACGAAUCACUACAAGGCCAAUCUUAAAGAGUUUGGAAACGCUGAUAAUGCCGAUACCAUUUACAAGGCUCUGCGUGCCUACAACUCUGGCUCUGUCAACGUCAACAAUCUCAGCGAUGGCCGUGGUGCUACUGCUAGUUAUGUCAGCGACGUUGCGAAUCGUCUCCUAGGACGUACAAACUGA